AUAUUUAAAUUCACUUUUAACCGGUUUCAGAAAAAAUAUUUCGAAAUAAAUUGGAUAGAAAGAUGUCGGCCUCGAAAUAUCGUCAGGAGAUGCCCCCACCUGGCGGGUAUGGCAUGGUCGAUUGGGCGAAAAAGAUUCCCAGAAAAGGAAUGGGUGGGUAUGCCAUAUUUGGGGCCUUUUUUGCUGUCACCACAGCAGGCUGGGUUGGGUACUACUUUGAGAGGAAGAUCAAAAAUAAACAGAGGCUAGAAAUGAACGAUGCCAGACUGGCUGUAGCGCCGCUAUUUGUUGCUGAAGAGCAAAGAAUGUACCUAAAACGUCUGCGAGAGAAUAGGGACGAGGAGAAUGAACUGAUGAAAGACGUGCCGGGCUGGGAGACUGGAAAGUUCGAAGGUCAGCCGGUCUACCACAGCAGUCACGAGAGGUUCCCCUACGUGGAUAUGAAGGAGUAUUAUGCCCACUCAAAAUAUAGUGACAUGUUUGAUAGGGUCUACUUCAUGAGGAAGUUGUGAUAGUAAUGAUGGUGGUGAUGGUGCUGAUGAUAUGAUUGUGGUGGUGAUGAUUGUGAUGGUGAUUAUUGUGGUGGUGAUGAUUGUGAUGGUGAUGAUUGUGAUGGUGAUGAUAGUGAUAGUGAUGGUUUGGUGAGAAUGAUGAUUGUGAUAAUGAUGGGUGUGAUGAUGACGACGACGAUGAUGAUGAUGAUGGUAAUUUCGAUGGGACAAUGUUCGUGAAGUUGGUGGUGGUGGCGAUGAUGAUGAUGACGCUUAGAGUUAUUGUAGAAUCAAUGUAUUAUCUUUUGUAAUAAAUAACAAUAAUAAUAAAUAAUAAUAGUUUUAAUUAAAAUAAAAAUCUUACGUGUCUUACACGUAAUUAAUGAUGAUAAGACUGUCAAUUAGUUAAUUUAUUAAUUAGUUAAUUAAUUUACUAGCCAUGUUCUUAUCUGUUCUUUAUUUUCUAUGUACACCAAUUCGUAAUGCAAACUCGUUUGUGUAUUUGCGUGUGCACGUGCGCGCGUGUGUGAGUUUUUGGUUUGUAUGUUUGUUUGUUGGUUUGUAUGUUUGUUUGUAUGUAUGUAAUAUAUGUUUGUAUAUGUAUGUA